AUGAAUAUAAAAAAUCAAUUUUUCUUCAAUGCAAACCACAAUGUCAUGGCAAAACAAUGCCAAAUGUUGAAGUCAGUGUGUUUUUGUUAUUUUUAUUUAUUCAUUUGACUAUUUUCGUUUUUGUUCUUUUACAUUUUUUUGAAGUCAGUGUUUACAUACAACCCAUUCUCUGUUAACGGACUAAAUGCAUUGUGCACAGCUGCUUAUAUAAUAUAGCCUAGGUAAGUUAUACCAUUAAACACACUGCCCAUUCAAUAAUAAAGGUUAAAUAAAAUAAAUACAAAUAUAUGAAUAAUAUAAUAUAUGCCACAUUCACACAGUCAGUGUGUUAAACUAUAUCCUGGAUAACUUUACAGGGUAAAUGUUUGUGUUGCAUUUAUAUUGGCAGACAAAUACUGGUAGGUCUAUAGUUAGAGCAGUAGGCCUUACUAAGGUGUGACAUCGUACAGGUUUACUGUACGAUGCCACACAAACAUUUAUGCAACACAAAUAUUUACUUUCUUUCUUUAUGUCAUACCAAACAGAGAAUAGCUCAAACCCCAUUCAUCUAACACCGAUCCUCAUGCCUAUUCUACUUUAGCCAUUCUACCAUUUGCUUGGCGGCAAACUUGCUAGCCACAAUUUCACAACCCAGAUGGCAUGUGCUCAUUUCCACAGUUCUCCCUCAACUUGCUAACUUUAUUACAUAACAUAAAGUUAUUCCAUUUCACAACUGACAGACUUGCCUCAUCUUGCUUGUAUACUUCCUUUUCUUAGCUUUCAUUCAUUGGCUGCAUUGCAGAAUAAGUAACUGGUUUUAGCACUAUUGCUUGAGAGCAUGCUCCAACAUGUCAUCUACUGUCCAUAAACAACUCCACAACAAAGCAACAAACACUAUUAUGGCUGACCAAGGUGUGACCUCAAAAUAAUACUUUAAAACGAUGUGAUAUGGGUAGAUAUGGCUUUAUUUACAUAAUAUGAAUUAUUAUUAUUUAUUUUCUACCUAAUACAUUUUUCAACCUAGCCUACAAGAUAUUUGCUAUAAUGGAAUUGUAAACGUACAUGGCAAAAUGUCACACGGACAUUAUUACAAUCAAAGAUGUUCUAUUAUAUUGACAAGAUAGUCGAGUGCACGCUCUAACAAUGGAAAUACUUUUCCUCAGACAUGGAAGCAGGCGGGAGGAGUCACGAUCAGGUGGGACCAUUCUAGCCAAUGAGAGGGCAGAUACACGCGUGUGACCAGGCAAAACUCCAAAAUAAAAUCGUUGUUCUUUUGCCGAAAUUCCAUGUGCGUCCGCUUAUAUCAAUACAUUCGUAACAAAAUAACAAUUACGAAACUUAUAUUCGAUCAAUUAAGAUUCACGUAGCAAAUUAUAUAUGAAUUAUUUUGUUUUAGCAAAUUCAACACUCUCAUUGACCUCCAUACAAAAAUGUCUCACUUCAUGUAUUAUUUUCGUAGACAGAUUUUGGGCUGAGUAAAUCCUCUCCCGUAGCCUGUUCCUCUGUGCUACAAUGUUGCAACACGUGACAGUUGGACGCCACAAAACAAAUAUGGCGGCUGACCGCUCAAGAACUGCAAUUGAUUCGAGUGGUAGGCUACGCUGUAAUUUUCGAACCGAAAAGGGUCUCUGAGAAUAUGACCACCAUGGACACAAAACAGAUCAUUCAUCAUGCUCUUCAAAUGGACAAAUUUAACAGGGCGGGUAACUAUGGCAACAUUAUGCCUCUCCUGACCGCCCUUGAUAAUGCCUGUGUGACUUGUGAGCAGCUGCAAGGCACAGACAUCGUCAGGGUCCUUUACAGACUCCUCAAAACCUGCUCAGACAAUUCAGUGAAAAAAACAGCCAAGCACCUGUUGUCAAAAUGGAAGAAACUCUACAGUCACCCCUAUCACAUCUCAAAGGAGAAUGGAAGUGAAGAAGAAUUGACUGUCAUUGGAGAGAGUAUGCUGGCUGAUAAAGCGUGUCUGGCAGACAGAGGUGGCCUAGCUGCUGGUGAUGCUAGUAAACCAGUGGAGUUGGGUGUGUCUUGUGAACAUGUGGUUUUUCAUACUGGGUCAGAGGACAGAACACUCACAAAUGGGACCAAGUGUGGGAGAGCUAAGGGAGAAGGGGUGUCAUCGUGGCAGGCAGCUGGUGAUUCGUCUUCGGGGUCAAUUUUGCCCACCCUCUCAAAGCAGUCAGAAACUCCUGCCACCACUUCCCUGGAUACCCCUCCCCUCUGUAAGGAUUCCUCUGAUUUGGGUUUGAGGACAAAGUGCAUCCAGCUCCUCCUUGGAGCCCUCGAUCCAGAAACUUCCAAGGAGGCAGAGGGGAAGACUGCAGAUCUGGCCCGCGUCAUAGAGGUGCACAUCCAUGCGCUGCACCGUGCAAACCAGGCCAAAUACAAGGCCUGCAUCAGGAGUAAGGUGGCCAACCUAAGGAACCCCAAAAACGGCCACCUUCGGUGUGGUCUCCUGGGCGGCAGCCUGGGGCCGGAAGUCUUCGCCGGGAUGUCUGUGGAGGAGAUAGCCAACGAGGAGCUCCAGCAGCUGAGGGAGGAGUACUCAUCGCGGGGGGUGAGCGAGAGGCAGCUACCCCAGGGGGUGGAGGGGACGCCCACCCAGAAGCUGCGGUGCAGGCGGUGCGAGGGGUCGGACUGCAGAGUGACGCAGGUGUCCCGGGGCACUCUGUUCCUGCCAGCGUGGGUCCGCCAGGCCACCGCAGACCAGGAUGCCAUGACCUUUGUGACCUGUAGCAAGUGUGGGGAGCAGUGGUACCACAGCGGCUGGGUGUGCCUCUGAUAGGCCAUCCUGACCACAAUACAUGUAAAAUGCCUGCUUUGUUUUUGUCGAUUCUGUUGAAAUGGCUUUACCCUAUCAAACUGAAUAAUGCCAUGUUUUAAUCACAGAAAUAAAGGGACAUUUUACCACAUGA